AUGCCCUUUUCCGGAGCUCCCUUCGAUCCCGUACCUCAACACCUUACUAUUUGGGAAUGGUUGUUUGAGGACCAUCGCCGAGAUGUCCGAACCAACGCAUUCACAGACGCUUUGUCAACCGAGCGGGUGACUUUCGAAACCCUGAAGACAUACGCGACGAGUGCUUCCAUUUCGCUGGCUCUUGAUCACGCUCUAAAGGCCAAAGAAAAGGUGGCGAUUGUCUGCCGUUCCUCAGUAUGGUACCCUGUGGCUGUGUUCGCAGCUAUUCGCUUGGGUGCGGUGGUGGUUCCGUUACCGCAUGAAGCCAAACCCCCGGAUUACGAGUACUUCCUCAAGACCUGCGGUGCAAAGCUUGUCUUCGUUGACGAGUCAACGGUAGACCUUGUGCGGCCUGCUUGCGCCAGGCUGAACCUUGGUCCAGAGAGCAUCAUGUCUGUUGAUGGCAGCGUCAAGGGAUUGAAGUCACUUCAAACCUUGAUUGGUGAUGGCGGUUCACUUGGUAGACAAGAAGAGGUCUCAUACUGGCAACUAUCCUCGACUCAGACGAAUGACAAGACUUGUGCGUAUCUAGCAUUCAGCUCUGGUACAACUGGUCUGCCAAAGGCUGUCAUGAUAUCCCACGCAAACGUGAUCUCUCAGUGUCUACAGAUGCAGAUCAUGGAACUUGGUACAGGAGUGCCACUUCUUGCACCACUUCCGUUUUAUCACAUCACCGGCUUGGCACAGUUUCUACAUCUUCCAAUACUGUUUGACCAAGAGACCAUUCUCUUGAGCAAGUUCAACAUGGAGGCCAUGAUGAGUGCCAUCACACGUUACAAAUGCGGAGAGCUAUGGCUGGUUCCUCCUAUCCUCAUUCGAAUGGUCAACGAGAAUGUCGCUCAGAAGUACGACCUUUCUUGUGUCAAGCAGUUCAACACUGGUGCUGCACCACUCUCUCCUCAGGUCAUUGAGAAGUUGUCAAAGGACUUCCCGAACGUCAGGCUGAGACAGGGAUGGGGUAUGACCGAGAGUUGCAGUUGCAUAACCACUACUCCCAAGGACCUUCAAACCUACGAGAAUGCACACAAAAUUUGGGCUCGUGGGCCGCAAGUAACCAUGGGAUAUCUCAACAACGAGAAAGCCACAAGAGACACCUUUGACCAAGACGGCUAUCUCCACACAGGAGACCUUGGAAUGAUGGGCCGGGACGGCUUCAUCACUAUUCAUGACCGAAUCAAGGAGAUGAUCAAGGUCAAGGGUCAUGGAGUUGCCCCCGCGGAAUUGGAGGAUACCUUACACGGCCAUGCAAAGGUUGCAGAUGUUGCGGUCAUCGGGAUUCCGGAUGAAUAUUCCGGAGAGGUGCCCAAGGCCUUUGUAGUACUGAAGCCGGACGUGAGCAAGAGUCAAGAGACGAUCGAGGAGUUACAAAAGCACGUCGAAGAAGCGAAAGCUAGAUACAUGUGGCUUCGUGGUGGCAUCGAGUUCAUAGACGAGAUCCCGAAGAGUGCCUCGGGAAAGAUUCUCAGACGCGCACUGAGAGAGUCCGAGAAGAAGAAAGCGGCCCAAAGAGGAGGAAAGGCACGUCUGUGA